AUGCUACAGCCAUAUUCAACUGUGAAUACUGCUUCCUGCAGUGCACCAUCUGGUGAUGCUUGUGGCGGUGUUAUUGAAGAGACGAAUGGAACCAUUAUCAGUCCUUCCUUUCCUGAUUUAUAUCCACCUAAUAAGAUCUGCAUAUGGGAGAUCAUAGCUCCACCUCAGUACAGAAUCACUCUCAACUUCACGCACUUUGACCUCGAGGGUAACAAUCAAGACUGUGAAUAUGAUAGCGUGGACAUUCGAAGCAAGAUGGCCGAUGAUGAAGUUCGAAAGCAUGGCGUAUUCUGUGGCUCAGGGUUACCCCCUCUUAUCACGUCGGAAGGGAACUCCCUCCGUAUCGAAUUCAGCUCCGAUAACUCCGUGCAAAAGAGUGGUUUUGGUGCUCUCUUCUUCACAGAUAAGGAUGAGUGUGCCACUGGAAAUGGCGGUUGUCAACAUAUUUGCAAAAACACAAUUGGGAGUUAUGCCUGUUCUUGCCAUAAUGGAUUCGUAUUACACGAAAACUUACAUGAUUGCAAAGAGGGAAGUUGUAGUCACCAGAUAACUACGCCGUUUGGAGAGAUUACAAGUCCAAAUUAUCCCGAUUAUUAUCCAGGUCGUAAAGACUGCACUUGGCUCUUCACCACAACACCUGGUCACAGGAUCAAACUGAUGUUCAAAGAGUUCGAGCUGGAGCCUCACCAGGAAUGUGCGUAUGAUCGUAUCGUCGCAUUUGACGGAGACAACGAUAUGUCACCUACAUUGGGCAAGUUUUGUGGCAGCAAAGUACCACACCCUAUCCUAGCCUCGGGUAAUCGUAUGUUCCUUGUUUUCAAGUCUGACGCCUCUGUGCAGAGGAAAGGAUUCAAAGCCACUCAUACAACAGUGUGCGGUGGACGUCUACUAGCUGGUCACACUAUGGAGCAUCUUUAUUCUCACGCAAAAUAUGGAGACCAGAAUUAUGACAACAAGGAAGACUGUGAUUGGAUUAUCCAAGGCCUCAACGAUCGCAGGAUCAGACUACGCUUCUUGACAUUUGAAGUCGAGCAAGAACAAGACUGCGGUUAUGAUUAUGUCGAGAUAUUUGACGGGGAGGACGAUAAUUCGAAGCCGAUGGGCAAAUAUUGUGGUAACAAGGUGCCGCCAGAGUUCUUUUCCAGUACUGACACGUUGAUGGUCCGUUUCCGUUCUGACGAUACCAUCCAUGCCAAGGGAUUUUCCGCUGCUUAUACAGCUCUCGAUUCUUCUGCAGAAGAUGCCGACGACAUCAUGGAAAGAUAUCUGCUCUAACAACAAACUUAAAUUAUUCUCAAUCAGAGACCUCUUUGUACAUAGAGAGACUUCGUGUAUGAUGAUUCCAACUCGUAUCUCAUUUGAUGCUGGCUUGUUCUCGUCCGUCGUCUCUCGGAUUGGACAGAAAUCUUCUGCACAGUCCUAAAAGUCUUAGCUCUAGAUACCUGGAAGAGACUUAACAGUGUCUUUCGACACCAAGCCAUGUUACCGAAGAGUCUUAAAAUGAAAUUUCGAUGGCAAAGUCUGAUGAGUUUGGAACAAGGGAUGUUACUUAAGUCUAAACACUGGAGGCAAAGCAUGUGCUUUUUAAACUUUAUUGUCUAAUAUGGCAAACUUUGAUUUUUCUUUCUUGAUGUUAGAAUUUAUGAGAAAUAUCUGUCUUCAGCCUUUUUAUGUAUUACAGCGAGAAUGCGUACUUACUAUAAUCCUACAAUCAUGGUAUUAAAAAAUAUGUUAUCAGGAAAUGACGCUGAGAUCUCUGGGGAUUUAAGCAAUAACUUUUUGUAAAUCUGUCUUAAAAUAAUUGCUUACAAACACACGCGAUUAUAUACAUUGCACGUAAAUAUUUAUGUAGGCGCAUUAGUUACAUGUAAUCGUAAUGUAAUAAUAAUAAUAAUAAUAAUAAGUAAUGCAUCAUAAACAAAAAUGAAUGAUUCUCUGUUUAAUUGAUAAUUAAAAUUCAUUAAUUCCUUUUCAUUUAAAUGAUCCAGGAAAAUUAUUUAAGUAGUUUACUAAUUUUAACUCAAAAAUUUAUUAAUUCUAAUUAGAUUUAAUUUUUGUCUAGG